AUGCAGUCGCCACUGUCCAUCUCGCAGAUUUCGCUGUCGCAGUCCUAUGGCUCCGAGUUCACGAGUCGCGGCAAUGGCCAUCACCCCGGCAGCCUCAUGUUCGACGUCGAGACACCCUCGGGGUCGUCGCCGACCAAAGACUUUCUGUUCCAGCGCCAAGUGGCGCCGAACGCGGUGCCGCUCUUAGUGCGUCUGCAGCGGCUUCGGAUCCUCUACACCGCUUUCGCAGGCGUCGCGCUCAUUGCGGUCGCGAUGGUGUUCCUCCGACGCGGUAUUGUGCUCCAGUCGUACCCGAAGUCGACCAGAGCUGCUAAUCGCCAAGAGGUUCGCCGUGAGAUCGACACGUUCAACUUUUGUGUGGGAGUUGUCACGGCAGUGGUAGUGAAACCGCUGCUCGGCCUCGUGACGGCCGUCGUGCCCGCGGUGCUCUUGUGCUUUUUCACGCGCUUGACAAUGCAGGAGAAGAAGUCGCGCUGGACCCGACUGUCGCUGGCUCUGGUGGGCAACGUCGUGUUUUGGUUCCUGUUGAAUGGGUUCAUGGCCAUGAACGUGAGCGAAGAACUCGUGCGCGAAGAUGCAGUCAUUGGCGACAACGACCUCUUCGAACACGACAGCGUUACGGUCUUAUCGGUGGGCAAUACGUCGUCAAGUGCCGCGACGUUCCUCCGAAGUGCCAUCGAGUUACCGGAUGCCACGGCAGAGAAUGCCGCUGGACAGUGCCGUCGACGGUCUCCUCGACGACUGCCCGCGCAACUCGACUAUGGGUUUCCGUCGCGGUCGUGGUUUGGGUCGUUGCUGCCAUUUGCACCGGAGACGACGGACUCGAACACGGUGUCCGUGUCCAUGAUGGCCGCCGACCGUCUCGAGUCGACGAAGCAAAACGUGGUGAUGCCGAUGAAAUUGUCUGCUGCGCGUAACCUGAUGAGCUAUGCCAUGCGCGCUACCGACGACUUUUUCCGAGAACAGGACGUCGCAGCCGAUGAUAGUGUGUUCGCUUUCGUGGGCUUACCAGACACUUUUGACGUAAGAUCGUCGGAAGACACAAGUAUGACUGAGCCACUGAUCGAGUCGUUUAACACUACAAUGCAUCGUGCCGUCAAUGUGCGAAAGCAUUUGAGGAACCUCAGCAUUGCUGAGAGCAGCAUGGAGUUCGUGCGCUUUCCCUGGUCAACAGACAGUGGCAACUUGGUGUUUGAAGGGGUGACGCUGGACAUUCCCAUGACCAAGGACUUCUUGCGUCGGGACGUGCAUUUUCGCAACGACACAACGCAAUCUGUGGAUUAUGGAUCUCGAGCGCCGAGUGGAUUAUUCGAGAUCAACGCUAAGGAAGAGUGCGGUCGUUCUGGUUGCAUCGUGAGUCCUGUGGGAGCUGCAUUGACGACUGCUCCAGCUGAUGAAGGAAGCCAGGUGCGAGCGUUGCCGAUUUGUCUCGAUGAACAUGGUAACGAAGAUUACAAAGCUACUAUGGAUGUCAAGAGUAGAGAGUGCGCGCGUCGCUCGACCACCUCGAUGCUGGUGCUUAGUUUCGCCAAGCGAAUUGUUGGCGACUCUAUCCGUUCGUCUCUUGUGGGCGAUUCGGAAGAUGAAGCAGUUGUUGUGACGCUGACAAAUGCACGGAAAAUCUACCAGGUCACAGCAGGUCGAUUGACGUGGGAAACUCUGGAUCUCGCUUCCAAGUAUGAGGCGUCAUGCGAGUCCAGCGAUUGCCACGGCCUUGUGUUUCCGCUUUUGGGUGACACCCAGCAGGUUGUUGUGGGUAUAAACCACAUCCCGGUGAAGAACUUGACACCGUACACGCCAUCGUUGUUGUCAUGGACUCCACUCGUGACUGCCAAUGCACAAGAAGUGGAUAUGAGUGACAUCCUCAAGAGUGACUUUGUAUUCCCUGACAACUUUCGAGACACUACUGGCUGGACUUCACUCGACGGGUCUCGUUGUGAACGCGAGCGUGGAGUGUUUAUGGAUCGUGUGCAGAAUUUGCACUUGUACUCGGAGCAAUCUUUGCAACCAGCGUACAUGUCGGCGCUCUUUUGGCUAUUCCAGUCUGGUACCGUGAAGCAAAGGCUCAGUCAAUCGGAGCUUGCGUUUGACUCGAGUGUCAAGUACGUGGAUGUGACGCUCUCUGUCCCACCGCUUUCCGCCACCUUCACCUUCGUUGGCUGUGUCAUGAUGGUACUCAUGGCAGCACUCGUCUUUCUCGGAGGCAAGAGCCGCGAAGCUGAAAUUGAGCGGCAUUUCAAACCGCAUAGUCUGGCGCGGAUUCUUCUUGACGACGAAGCGUUUUCGCAUAAGCUGCUCAAGUGUGACCUGCUGAACGUUGGCGACAAGUAUUUGAACAGCUCGGAGCUUCUUGAUCAGUUUGAGAUUAGUGGACUGGCCCUGCGGCAUUGCGAGCGUCCGUCUGACGUGUUGAUCGUGCCUAAGGGUCAACACUCUCCCACGACUUCCGCCGCAUUAACUCGGGCAGCACACAUCGUGUAA